AUGUGUCCGUCAGGGAGAAGUAGAAGCUCAAGUUCAGCCAAGGUGGUGGUGCCUUCAGAUUUGCGGUCAGCAUUCGACCUUAUGGAUGCUGACAGAGACGGCAAGAUCAGCUCAGACGAUCUUCGGAAAUUCUACGCACGCUUUUCCUACUCCUCCAGCGUUAAUGUUGCUUCCGAAGAGGACAUUGGUUCCAUGAUAUCGGCGGCCGAUUCCAAUAAAGAUGGGUUAGUGGAAUACGACGAUUUCGAGAGAGUUCUAUUUCGGGUCCCUACCCAAUCCCAACCACAACAGGGUGGGGACGAUUGGGUGAUGCAGGAUAUGUUCAGGGUCAUCGAUAGAGAUGGUGACGGAAAGGUUGGAUUCCAUGAUCUCAGGGCUUACAUGGAGGAGUGUGCGGGAUUACAGGCCAGCGAAGAGGAUGUCAAGGCCAUGAUUAGGUUGGGUGGUGGAAAUGAACACGAUGGGAUUUCUUUCGAGGGACUGCUCAAGAUAUUAUUGACCUUGGACUUUUCCGGGAAAUAG